GAUUAUUCUGAAGAGAGCUGACCUUUGGGCUUGAUUACUGGGAUUACUGCUGAUAUCUUGCCCUGGGUUUCUGAUCGUACCAUUGGGGCCAUCUAUAAAACAAGGUCCAAAGAUCUGAGGACACAUCUCGUCUGUUCCACAUCUCUACCUGUCCAACAAGAACAAGCACGCUUCCUUCCAAAAUGAUCUCCCAGUUUGUGAAACUCGUUGCAAUAAUGUGCAUCAUUUCGACUCUGUUCAGCUGCCAGGCUGACUCUGCUGCUCUAAGUCAGUCAGAGGUUCUGCUGCAGCGAGUCCGGAGAAUGACACCGUUCUGGAGAUGGAUUGCUCAGAGACCCCUUGGAGCGUCCUGCAGAGGCAAUAAUGAAUGUGGCUCCAAAUACUGUUGGAAAAAUCGCUGCUCCUCGACAGUUCACAAAGACUAAAUCUCACGGAGGGCAUUCCAAACAAAGCAUUUCUGACCAACACUCCCACUAGAUUGUGAACAACAGUGAUUUUUUUUUAAUAAAAGGUCCACACGCUAUUUAUAUUUGUAUAUUUGCCAAACUAGGCUUGAAUAAAAAAAAAUGUGUAACGAAUCACAGUCAGUUUCUAGGAUUUUUUUUAUUGCCUUUGAUUUUAUUUUCUGGCAUCUAUUUCUACCUCAUCUCUUCUAGACUGAGAGAUCAAGGUGGAGGCCUUCGAACAUAGGAACAGGAGUAGGCUAUUCAGCCCCUUGAGACUGUUUCACCAUCCUAUUAGAUCAUGGCUGAUCUGUACUUCAAAUCCAAUUGCCCGCCUUUGCUCCAUAUCCCUUGAUACCCUUACCUAACAAAAAUCUAUCCACCUCAGUCUUUAAAGUUUGAAUGGAUCCAGCAUCCACAAGCUUUGGGGGAAGACAGCUUCAGAUUUGCACUACCUUUUGAGUGGAAAAAAUCCGCUCUGGUUUCACUCCUAAAUGGCCUAACUCCAAUUUUAAAAUGAUGCCCCCUUGGUCUGGAGUCUUGCAUCCCGGUUUCUGCCAGAGCCGUGGAUAAGGAAAUCCCAUGGUGAAUCCUCAGUAAGGCUUCUGGCUUCUAAACAGUGGCACAAUUGUAUCAUCAGAUGGGAUCAGGAGCAAACUUGAGUCUUAGCAUUGCAGACUUAGACUUAGUUAGCAUACUGUCAAUGCUACAUCCCAGAUAGUCACAUGUCUGUUAAUCAUUUGCGUGGGACUGCGCUUUGCCUUUAUAUAGACAAUUUUUUUUUUUGCCCUUUGCUGCCUUGUGAUUCGCUUGACUUCAAAGUAUCACCUCCGAUCUAACAUGCACCAAAUGUGGAUGUCGUAUAUUGUAAUGGGGUUUGUGAAACGCUUCAGACCCAGGAUCCAAUCAUUACUGGGACUAAGUGUUAGUAAAACCAAAGGAAAAUGAGAAUCAACAUUAUUAAAUCACAGUCAUUCCCAUCUCUUA